AAAUCGAGAAUUCAUGGAGAGUUGAUCACUAGGUUCAGUGUCAGAUUCGAUUGGAUUGUUGAAAGCAGUUGUGGCUGUGUAGUGGCAUUUCGACAAUCUGCGAAAUCUGUUACUGAGAGGCGUGAAUCUGAGAGUUUUUAAAAAGGAGUAGUCAGGUCUGAGGCACUGCUGCUGGAAGGAUGUCGGGAGACAAAGAUUUGGAGGGGACGGCGAAGAAAUUGCCGUAUCCCAAGGCUGUCUUUUUCAUUAUCAUCUGCGAAUUUUGCGAGCGGUUCUGCUACUAUGGAAUGCGAACUAUCCUAACGCUGUACUUUGUCCAGGUUUUGAAAUGGUCAGACAACCAGGCUACCGUUGUUUACCACGCGUGGGUUAUGGUUUCAUACUUCACACCGUUAAUAGGAGCAAUGCUAGCAGAUUCAUUGUUGGGAAAGUUCCAGACUAUACUUUACCUCGGAAUCGUGUACUGCGCUGGAUGCGUUGUUUUGGCCUUGGCUGCAACACCACCUCUGAACUUCCCUGUCAUAGCUAUCAGUUUGGUAGGCCUGGCCUUGAUUUCUCUAGGAACUGGAGGUAUCAAGCCUUGCGUGUCUGCGUUCGGUGCUGAUCAGUUCAAGCUCCCAGAACAGGAAGUUUACGUCGCCAGUUAUUUUGCCAUAUUUUAUGCCGCAAUUAACUCUGGCAGUUUGGUUUCCACCGUCUUGACGCCCAUUCUUCGUGAGGAUGUCAAAUGCUUCGAUGAUGAUCACUGCUACUCUCUGGCCUUUGCGAUUCCGGGUGGUCUCAUGAUUUUUGCGUUGAUCGUGUUCGUCGUUGGGCGUCCGGGAUACAUCGUGAACAAGCCAGAGGGCAAUGUCGUUGUUCAAGUUCUUGGUGCUAUUAAGCAUUCAUUGAGCCGACGAGGAUCAGAAGUAAAAGCUGGACGUGCUCGUGACCAUUGGUUGGAUUAUGCCGAAGAUAAAUACGGGAAACGGUUCAUUGCUGAGGCAAAGGUGUUGAUGAAAGUCCUCUUCUUGUACAUUCCUGUCCCCUUCUUCUGGGCGCUCUUCGAUCAGCAAGGAUCUCGGUGGACGCUCCAAGCUACAAGAAUGGAUGGAGACACGUGGGGCUGGGUCAUCAAGCCGGAUCAACUUCAAGUCCUCAAUCCAGCUUUGGUCUUGAUUUUUAUUCCCAUCUUUGAUCGAGGAAUUUAUCCACUUCUUAGCAAAUUCGGAGUUUUGAAGAAACCACUUCAACGGCUCGUAAUGGGUGGCAUAUUUGCCGGUGUUGCUUUCGUUGUGUCUGGAUUGGUCGAAUUGAGUUUGGAGAACACAUAUGCCACCAUACUGAAAAAGGGUGAAUCCAACUUUCACAUGGUUAAUGGACUUCCCGACUGUCCACUUCAUAUGACCCUGGAUGCAAAUCGAAAAGUCGUCAUUCCUCCCAAUCAGAUGGAGAUUUUUGAAGCAAUUAAUGCCAGAGAUUAUCCAAAUGUUAAGUUUGAGACUUUCUCCGGGGAAGGAACUUGCAGGAGAACGAGGGUCCACACUGAGCCUGUUCUUACCGGUGAAAGUGAAGUGGCUAAAAGUUUUAUGAUGCUUUGGCACGGAGAUGAUUUAAAAUUUCAUCAUGUUUUGGACGAGGACGAUAUGGAAAAAGCAAAAAGUGGAAAUCCGAGAAUUCGAGUAAUUUAUGACCCGGCGAACAUUAAGGAAAAUACAACUGUCCAAGGGUUCACCGAAAAACAAUCGUUUCACUUUGAACUGAAUAGACUUGGAUGGACGUCCUUCGGCGAGGUUGAACCCACAAAAUAUGAUUUUUACAUGUCCAAUGCUGAAAAUCCCACUGGCUUCCAAUUAGAUAGUCUAGACUUAAAACUGGGUGCGGUAUAUCUAAUGUCUGUCGUCAGGAAUGAGGAUAAAUUCGGAGAAAGUAAAGAAAGUUACGACAUUGUGAUGCACCAAAUUACAAAGGCUAACGACGUUCACAUGUUGCUCCUAAUUCCUCAAUACAUAAUCAUGACCAUGGGAGAAAUUAUGUUCUCGAUUACAAUUAUGGAUUUCUCAUACGCUGAGGGACCCCCAAGCAUGAAGUCUGUGAUGCAGUCCACGUGGCUUUUGACAGUGGCUUUUGGAAAUCUUAUCGUCAUUAUCAUUGCCGAGGCUCAAAUCUUUGACAAACAGUGGAAAGAGUUCUUCCUCUUUGCCGGCCUCAUGUUUGCCGAUAUGUUGAUCUUCUCUUACAUGGCGUACAAGUAUGUGCCCGCCGACAGAUUCUGGCUCAGAGAUGACGAAGAAAAGGAGAAAGACGAAGUGAAAGCCUUGGAGGACGAGAAAGAUGAAGGGAAGGAAAAUUCGGCCUUGGAACAUGAAGAUUAGUCUGGUUGUAUGUCUAGUGAAAAAUUUAACUAAAUCCUAUCAAACUCAUAUUUUAGAUUAUAACACCAUGAUAUUAUGACUAAUUAUAUUACAUCCCAUCGCUUGCUGUAUAUGUGUGUACAUAGGUACUUACUUUUUGUGAUAAUAAAAGAUUUAAAGAAAUCAGAGUUUGACGCCGGUAAAA